GGCGGGGAGAUGACUACAAGCUGAAAUCAUGGGGUGCACACCUUCCCACAAUGACCUUGUUAAUAGCGUCGCUAAGAGUGGCAUCCAGUUUUUUAAAAAGCCCAAAGCAAUUUUGCCGGGACGUCAGGGGGGCAGUGAAAGAUGCUCUACUCCUUCGCUGCUUCCCACCUCCACCUGCUAUGACUCUGGGGGAGGCUUGUCCCAGGGACAGAGGCUGGCACAGGAGCAGCCAAGUUCCCAGACCCAAAGCUCGGCUGAAGGUCUUUGUCAGCUCCCAAGAGAUCCCACUGCAGGCAAAGGGAAAGAUAUGGAAGGACUGCCCCCCAAAGCCAAAACCUCCCAAUCCCACCUGGGCAAAUCACAAAGCCGCACGGCUAAGGACAUUCCGUCCGAGACACAGAGCUCCCACGGGUCACCAGGGGCAGCCUCCUCUGGGGAAGCCAGUGAAGAAAGUAACACCCAGGAAAGGAUGCUGAGAUGCCACACAUGUGGCCAACAGGGCCGUUGCUGCCAAAACAGCAUUCCUGCUCAUGAGCCUGAGGGCAAAGUGGACUUCCCCGAGCCCCUGGUGAAAGCGCACCAGCAUGCCUAUACCUACCUCCACUCCAGCCUCUCCAAAUAUGAAGCAAUUCUGUGCAUCACCCAUCAGGCCACCCAGACCCAAGAGCUGCUCCAGCCCAUGGUCAGCUUCCUGCUGCUGUGCUUUGAUGAGGUCAACCGGCUCUUGGGGGAGAUCUCCAAGGAUGGAGAAGUGCUCCUCCAAGAAGUUAGGGAGGAUCUGGCGUGGCAGUUGAGGAAAGGAGAGCCCCAGGAGCAGCCGGACCUCCUACCACAGCUUCUGCAGCACACAGUCAGCAAGCUGCUGGUGCUCAGGGGCAUGGUGGCCUCACUCACCGGCAGCUUCCUGGAGAGCUCCAGUGGUUACCUCCAUGCCACCGCGAGCCACGUGGGAAAGAAGCUGAGCACAAAGAGGGGUGUGGAUGAAUGUCUCCUGCGGGCUCUGGGGCAACUGGAGAGCUUGGUGAGUGGCCACAGUGACCCUGGGAUGCAGGGUCUGCCCUUGUGCUCCGAGGACAGUGGCAUCGGUGCUGACAAUGAGUCUGUGCAGCUGGCCGACAAGCUGGGCAAGCAAGCCAGCUGGGACUCAGUGCCAGAGCCCGCGGAAUGGAAACCGGCGUUUCCAGCCACAGCGGAAGCCAGGCUCUCGGGACACACCUGGCAGCAAAGUCCUUUCCAGAUGGGUUCAGACCGACCCCAGGACUGCCCGCUUUCGAGACCUCCUACGGCGAAGGUUCAGCCAGAGGCACAGGGUGGGGCCGGUGGCCCAUGCCCCUCCAGCACGGGCCCAAGAAACACUACCUCCAGCUCCCUGGGGGUGGCCAAAAGCACUUGGUGUGACUCCCUUGGGAUUGGGAUCUCAAGGGAAGCACGUUUUUCUAAAGGCCCCAGGUUGAUGGGCACGUCUUCCCUCAGUGAAGGUGAGGACAGUAGCCCAGAGGAGGAGGAAGACCAAGCGAGCAGCAUGAGUCCCUGUGCAUGGCGGGAAAAUUCUUCCCAGCCAAGGCCACGGUCUUCACCUGGUAGCCCGGAAAGCCUGUUUCAGCCACACCCCAGGAGGCUUAGGAGCCCCCAAGCCCAGGAAAUGAUUCUGAAGAUGAAGGAAGCAAUCAGCGAAAGGAUCAAGUUUGUCCCUGUGCCCUCGGGGCCCCAGGACUGGCCUGAGGAGGAGGACAGGAGGACGGCGGUCCCACCAAGACCCAGCACAGCCAGUGGCAGCAGGAGGGCCCCUGUGAGGCAGAGGAGGUCCCAGUCAGAGGGCUGUCUGAAGAGCCAGGCCGAGGACCCCACCCUCCAGGAGCUGCGGAGGGUCCAGAGAGACCUCAGCCAGAGGCUGGAGGCAUUUUACGCCCUGGGCGCACGACAGCAGGGGCAGAGCGCGGGGCAGGUCCCGCAGCCCAGAGCAGCGGCUCUGAGGCCCGACAACUGCAGGGUCACCCCGAGCAACACCAUCAGCAAGCUGAAGGCCUCUCUCACCAAGAACUUCAGCAUUUUGCCAAGUCAGGACAAAAGCAUCUUGCAGAAAUGCGGUCCCCGCCCUGAGAGUGAACAGCCCUGGCGGCGGAGAGCUGAGGGGCUUCCGGUGGCCAUUGCGUUGGAUGAGAGGGCCAGUGAGGCUCCAGGAGCCAUGGACUGGAAUGUCAGGGGCUGCCCCACCAGAACAUCGGUCAAGAAACUCAUUGAAACUUUCAGUCCCACUAAGAGUCUGAGAACACUGGGGGAUUCCAAGGACUCUGGGCCAAACCCCUGCCUCAGGAAAUGGGGGGUCCCCAUCAUGCCUCCCAGAUUUCCCAUUUACAGGGGGCUUGCCCCUUUGUAUCCAAAGCCACAAAUUUCUCCAGCAGCAAGCAGAGACCCCCUCCAGGUGGGGCCAGACUGGAGGCCCCCACCUCCUAUUUUUCCCCCUGUGCUCACAGCAGAACCAUCCAAGAGUGAGGAUCUCAAUUUCAACUGUGAAACAGAGGAGGACCCAGAGCAUCUCCCUCCACCGCCUCUGGAAGUCCUGAUGGACAAAUCCUUCACCUCUCUGGAGCCCCCAGAAAGCAGCAAGCCAGCAGGGAGCUCCUCCAAGGAGACCCAUGUGCCAGGGCCGGGAGGGGCUGACCCUGCCCGGAGAACGUGGGCUUCCCCAAAGCUAAGAGCCUCCAUGAGCCCCACUGACCUGCUACCCAGCAGGAGCACGACUGCCCCCACCAGGCCCCACAGCACAGGGCCAGGGGGCAGCAAGAGCGGCUGCGGCACCAAAAAGCUCACCUGGGACCUUAAUCACCUGCCAGCAACCAGCAGAAACCCAGAGGUGGAGGGCAGUGGGGCUCCGAGUCAGGCACCUGCAGACAAGGCUGCCAGCCUGUCCAAGCAUCCCCAGAAGGCCAUCCCCUGGCACCACUGCAGCCACACAUCUGGGCACAACAGGACCUUGGGACCCAGCCUGGCCAGGCCAACACGGGGGCCACAUUCUCCUGAGGCCCCAAGACCGAGCCAGGAGAGAAGCGCCCUGCUGGUCAGGAAGGCCUCUCCCUCAAGGGGAUACUGGACACCCCGAGCAGUCAGGAGGCAGCCCUCCUCUCACAGACCUGCCCGGCCAAGUGCUCCUUCUGUGCAUGGCUCCUCCAGCCCACCUGUCAGCCCUCCGGUGAGCCCCAAGGUGCUAAGCCCCCCAACAACGAAGAAAGGAGCUUCCCCAGCAACACGGCAGCACAAGCCGCCCAGCCCUCCCCCCGCGAGCCCACCCACACGUCACAAGGCCUCCAGCCCCCCCACCCAGCACACAGAAGCAAGUUCCCCUUCCUCUGGCGCCUCCCCAUCCCCCCCAGUGUCCCCUACUGAGGGACAGGAAACAAGAGGUUCUGAGAACAAUCGGGCAGCCACAGCCAAAGUGUCUGGGAACACGUGUUCUAUAUUCUGUCCAGCCACCUCCUCUCUGUUUGAAGCUGCACUGCCACUUUCGACCGCCCACCCGCUCACCCCACCAUCGCUGCCACCUGAAGCCGGGGGCCCUCGUGGGACCCCUGCAGGAUGCUGGAGGAGCAGCUCAGGGCCACGGCCGAGGGCCGGCUCUCAGCGGGGCAUGGCCUUGUGUGCCCUCAACCCUCAGCCUUUCGUCAGGAGGACAGCUUCUGACCGCCGGCCAGGUCUCCGCCUCCCGCUGCCUGUCCCCGGUGCCACCAGCAACGCUUGUGAAUCCCCACUCAGCAGGAGCAGCAGCAGUGAGGAGAGCCCCAAAAAGGACACUGAGCCAUGGAGCAGCCCCUGUGCCCCGGAACUAAAGGGUUCUGGCUUGGAUGCAUCUCCCCCAGAGCUCUGCGUGUUGGGCCACGGGCUGCAACGGGAGGCCAGAGCCAGCCGCGCCCAGGACAAGCCUCAAGAGAAGGAAGUAGCCUGACAGGCCAACCAACAGGGUCACACUGAUGCCAGUCAUCCCAGAAGGAGAUGGGUGACAGCCAAGCAGCAGACUGCCCCAUAGAUGGUGGACCAACCAAACUCCUAUUGAGGUGUCCUAGAAA